AUGUCAGGCACGACCCCCAGCCCCACCCCAUUAACUGCCGAGCUAAGGGAGCAGCUACGCGCCGCCCAUGGGGGCAAUCCCGCUCUGUGUUCUGCUGUAACAUGUCUGGUCCUCGAAAGCCCGACAGGUCUCCCUUCUUCCGAGCAAAGCCUGAUCGACCUGAGAUCAUCAGUGCUCCCGGCGGACCGGUCUACAUCUAGCACAGCAGAAAAUGCUGCUGUGCGCAAUGCAUCGCUCAUCUCGACAGCCCCGUGGGACAAUGUGAUUUCAACAGAUUCCUCCCCUACCCAGAAUCCCGAGCCCGAGUCAGAGCCACAACAGUUUUAUACAGCCCACACGAACAUCAUUCAUGAUAGUGAUCAUCUGCUGCACGAGUCCGACCAGAGCCUGCUGGCUGUUGUUGCUGCGCAUGUUCAGGCAGCAUCCGUCAACCCGCAGAUAGAUAUGCUGCCCCGGCUGAGAGUUCUUUUUGAACAACUCGAUGUGGGCGACCAGCAGCUAGCAGUGGACACCCGACAUGCCUCUUUCUCUACCGAGACAGCAGCCAAGCAAUACAAGGUGCUAGGUGCGACGCAUACUCGUACCGAGACGGAGUGUGCACUGGUAAUCGGCGAUCUCCGGAUUGCUAUCCUGUUUGUCCCGUGGAAAGACCAGGCUCUUCUGAUCAACAACUCGUCGGGGCUCCUCCGCCUGACAGGAAGGCCAGACAAGCUGAAAGGGCUCGAUAUACGGCCCAAGAGAUAUGAAACUCUCGACCCGGGCUCUUGGGUUCUCCAGAGCAACAGCACCUGCCUGUGGCUGCAGCUCCGACCGUGCCGCUAUGAUCUCCUUCUCGAGGAGCAUACGAAAAAGAGAACAGCUCGGGCCGUGUCGUCGUCUUCCAAGGCAGCUCGGCUCUCAGUGGACCACCAGCGCAGCAGCACGAGGGCCAGCAUUGCCGACCUGCAUUCCGAUCCCGAGGACGCUGCGAAGAGUCUCAUCUGGAAGGCCGUUGCGCAUGAGAUUGACGAUCUGGCCAACCUCGGCAUUCCCCUGGGCCGCGCCUUGCACAUACUUGAUCACACUACGGCUGCGGUCGAGUACUCUAUAAGGCGCCUUGAUGGCUGGUUGGUAACCAGAAGCCACGGGCUUAUCUUCAAGGCCGUCUGGUGCAGGACCGCACAACAGUCCCGAGUUGUUAUUGUGAAGAUGCACAAACCUGCCGCAGGUGAUGAAAAUUCGGUGCGAAACGCUGUCGAUCGCUGGAAGAGGGAAGUGAAGAUGCAUCGUGGUCUGCAACAUCCAUGCAUUGCCAGCCUUGUAGCAUUUGAUGCUCGCCUGCUGGUGCUUCUUGUGGAGCUGAAGAAUGCUCAUGAUCUGGGCAGCCUCCAAUGGUGUUACCCACGAAACUCAUCAAGGGCUAGCCAUUUCAAGGGAACCAUCGAUGAUGCUUAUACCAUCUGUGCUGAUAUGGCGAGUGCGCUGAGCUACCUACAAGACAAGGACAUUAUCCAUGAUGAUAUUAAGGCGCUGAAUAUCUUAUAUCAUAGACAAAACGGCGCUACACUUAUCGACUUUGGGCUCAGCCAUUUCGUGAGCGAAGGCAUCACCCAAACGGGUGGAUCACCAUGGUACAAGGAACCUGCUACACAACUAACUAAUCAAAAUGAGACGAUAUUGGGCGAUAUAUUCUCGUUGGGUGUUGUAAUGCUGUAUCUGAUGGGCGAGAUCUCUCUUCCCGAUCAGCAACCCGGGUGGUCCAUCCGUGAUGCUAUUCUGUACAAACCCGAAGCAGUAGCCUCGCAGAGAGCAUGGUUCGAGAUGCUGGAAAUCAAAAGACAAGCUUUCGAGAUGCCACCGCCCGGACGCGCGAGCACUAAGGAGGCAAAACUCCGUGACCUUGUCAGCAAGAUGCUGCUCCCUAGGUCGGAACGCAUCAGUGCCCGAGAUCUGGCGAGGAAGUUGGGUUCAGAGCAGGGACGGUCUGCCUCAGGGGAAAGUAACUAUGGUCCCCAGAGACGGCUGGAAUAUGGACUAGCCGACUGA